AUGACGGACGGCGAACAGCAGGAUGCGCUGGUCAAGCGGUCAGAGGACGAGCGCGAGGACAUCUUCCGGCGCUACGAACUGGGCAUGGACCCCAGCAAUGUGGUGGACCCCUGGGAGAAUCCCACCUUCGAGCUCUACCACAGGACUGACAAAUAUGGAUUCCUGCACGAUGACCGCCUGCCGGAGACGCGGGAUGCUCAGGAGAUGCAACGCACCAGGAUCGAGAUGGAGCGGGACAAAAAGUGGAUGAAGAUGCUCGGCCAUUGGCCGCCGCCCCACGACAAGCUGCACAAGCGCGUCUACAAGGGCAUACCGGAUCGAGUGCGAAGGGUGGUCUGGCUGAAGCUGCUCAACAUCCAGCAAUCGAUCGACAGCAAUGCCGGCGUCUACUCCCGCAUGCUGCAGCUUGCCAGGAAGUACUCCACGGAGACGCGACAGAUCGAUGCAGAUGUGAAUCGACAGUUCCGCGACAAUCUUGCCUUUCGAGAGCGCUACAACGUGAAGCAGUGCUCGCUAUUCAAUGUGCUCAACGCCUACAGCAUCUACAACUCGGAGCUGGGCUACUGCCAGGGCAUGGCCUGUGUGGCCGGCGUGCUGCUGCUCUACUUGAACGAGGAGGAGGCCUUCUGGGCACUGAAUAGCCUGAUCACAGACCCAAAAUACGGCAUGCACGGGCUGUUCAUUGAGGGCUUUCCCAAGCUGACGCGAUUCAUCGACCAUCAUGACCGCAUCAUGUCUAAAAUAAUGCGUAAACUACAUAAGCACUUCACCAAACACAAUGUUGACGCCCUGCUGUACGCCAUCAAGUGGUUUUUUGUCGUCUUCGUCGAGCGGGUUCCGUUCAGUUUGAGUUUGCGCGUGUGGGACAUUUUUAUGUUGGAUGGAGAUCGCGUUAUUCUGUCCAUGGCCAUCAACAUUCUGUAUCUUCACAAGGACGAGCUGCUGCGCCUGAAGGACAUGGACGCCAUCAUCGAGUACUUGCAAGUGAAGCUGCACAAGAACUUUGGCUACAGCGAUGACGAGGCCAUUCAGAGCCUGGAGCGAGUGAUGAAGAAGCUGAAGGACCUCAAGCUGGACGUGCCGCCGCCAGCCAAGUCGAAUGAGUUCCCCACCCGCAAACUCGGCGACUUUGUCGAGGCAGACAUGGAGAAGAAGAUCGGGCGCAGACGCAAUGAUUACACAGACGCGGAAAAGCAAGUCAUAACAGAUGUGAUAUCAAGACAAGAACAAAAUGCGAUUGAGGUGCAAUCCACCGUAUCCUACGAGACUUCCGAGUGCGCCACGGUUACGCUUACUGUUCCCGAGGAUUCGCACUCAAUACGAAGUUCGCUUGCAGGUACUUCAGUUGCCUCGCACGGCUCAUCGGAAACCAUGUCACUGGAGGACAAUAAUAUUCACCUGAGGACCGCCAACAUGCUGCAGAACACUCCGCAGCGUGAGAUGCUCCUGGGCACCUGACGUCAGCUGCCGCCUGCGUCCUCCACGGCGCCGGCAGCUGCAGAGAAUCGCCACACGCUCACCACAGCCACCUCUACGGGCCUAGCAGUAGCCGGAGCAUCGGGAGUUAGCCCCACAUCUUCGCCCAGAGCCACGCCCACACCGCCGCCCGUGCCGCCGAGAUCUCCGCUCGCGCUGGGAUGACUAGCAAAGCAAAAGGCGGCGGCGAACCGGAGUGGGAUCACCUAGUUCCUGGUGCUCGCCGCCGUCUGCCUUUGCUUAGCCUUAAGUCUUGUAGCCCUGCCACCGCUGAAACCACUAGAACUAGGACUUCCUUAGGAGCAGCAUUAGCAAGCAUUGGGCUUCGAGGGUCUGGAGUCACACACUUUGUACAUACGCCGCGGGAAGCUUGGGGCCCGACUUGGUAGUGAAACCCGAAUCUGGGAUUAGAUGCGCCAAAUUAAAUUUACAACAGUUACGAGUUAAACAAUUGAUAAAAGCAAUCGAGAAUUACAUACACAAAAUGCUAAUGGAACAAUAUUUAAGCAAGAGCAAAUCGUAUCUAAUACACCUACAAAGCGGUUAGAAGUCUAUUUAAUUGCAUAUUGAAUUCAACUCAAACAUAUAUUAUAGAAAUUGUUGUAAAUUGUACUUGUAUAUACGUACCGAACAAAAUACAAAGCAACGUUAAAAAGUUACGUCCAUGAAAUGCAAACGAAUGUAAAGGCGAAAGGCAACCAAAUAUUAAUUGAAAGCUAUAGAUAACAGAAUCGAAUGAUUACGCUAGAUUUAUGUAUAGUUAUACCAGCAUAGCAGUACACGACCAGAACAAACUGACAAAUGAAUUGAGUAUUUAUAAUAAUAAUUUCAUGAUUAACCUUUACACGAACAUGAAUCACUAGUUUAAGUUUCUCAGCAAAGGAAUUAUGUUUAUUUAAGUUAAAAUUAUUUUCAAGAGCGUUUCAAAAUAAAACUGUCAACUGAAGCUAA